AUGGACCCUCCCCGUUCACCCCGCCACUGGCGCAGUGGGAACCCCGACACCCCCAGUGCCCAGCUGCCUUACCCCUCAGAUGGGGAGCUGGAGGCAUUCGACUGGUGCUGCCAGCGUGUUGGGAAGCCCCUGUUCUGUGCAAGGUUUGCGGAGAAGAGACCAAGGGUUGGCUGCAAGGGAUAUGUGCCACCCACCCCUGCUGGUGCCUUUGGGGACCCCCACAUCACCACUAUGGAUGGACUCACCUGCACCUUCAAUGGGCUUGGGGACUUUGCCCUGCUGCUGGCUAGCGAUGCCCAGACCAGCUUUGUGCUGCAUGGGCGCACGGCCCGGACGGGCAUGGCUCAGGCCACCAACUUCGUGGCCUUUGCUGCCCAGUACAUCUCCACUACCACAACAACAGUUGAAUGGACCUUGGGGAGCCAGGGUGAUAUCCAAGUCCUCCUGAACCACGAAACCAUCCAGUUUUCCUAUUCCCAAGACAUGGGUGCUGAGGUGUACUACAGCCCCGGUGUCCUGCUGCUCAAUGCCUCCUCCGUCAUGGCUGUCUUUGACGGGGCCAUUGCCAUCUCCAUCUCAGCUGCCUCCAGGAUCCUCAGUGUGGUCUGCAACCUUCCUGAUCAAUACCACAACAGCACUAAGGGCCUCCUGGGAGUGUGGGACCAUGACCCUGCAGACGACUUCCAGAUGCCAAAUGGUACCAGCAUCCCUGUGAACAGCAGCGAGGAGGAGGUCUACAGCUAUGGUUUGACCUGGGCUGUUGGAGAGCACAGCCUGCUUGCUCAGCCUCUGGACUUACCGGUAAUGAGCUUCACACCCAUCUUCUUGUCUCGGCUGCAACAGGAGAAUGAAAGCCAGUACCAGCUGGCAGCCUCACAGUGCCAUGGCAGCAAGGAGUGCAUCUAUGAUUCGCUGAGCACUGGGGACAUGGCCCUGGGCCUGGCCACCCAGAGCUUCUCAGCCAAUUUCCAGCAGAAGAAGACAGUACUCAAGAGUGGCAUCUUGACAUGGGAGCCCCGUGGGAUGUCCCCACUCACCAUCAAUCUGGAGGCUGUUGGGUCCAACAACCUCUCUGCCCUCCUCCAGCUCCACUUCACACUUUGUAGCUGCAGCAGAAUCCAGGAGUAUGAUUACAGCAACACCGUCACUGUUGGGGGGUCCUCCCUGCAGUUGGCAGCCUGCAGGUGUGAAGGCGGUUACUCAGGUCCCUUCUGCCAGGACCCUCCAGACCCUUGUGUCCAGGGAUGCUUUCCUGGGGUGCGCUGUGACUCCCUUGAUGGCUGUGGCCCCUGCCCAGAUGGCCUGACUGGUGAUGGGCGGCACUGCUCAGGCUGUGGCUCAGCCUGCAGGUCCCGCUCCUGCCCUAUGGGAUACUGCAGUAAUGGGGGACGCUGCCACCUGCACCCCAUCACCUGCACUCCCAGCUGCGCCUGCCCCCCAGCUUUCACCGACCAGCGCUGCCUGGUGGCAGGGGGGGAUUUUCGGCCAUUGUCUAGUGCAGAUCUGCCCCAGAGAAGCAUCCGGCUGCAGGUCAGGACUCUGCAAAACGCCACUGCCGAGGAACUCAAUGGCACUGUCUCAGCCGUCCUGGGCUCCCUGGAGACAAAGGCUUUCCAGAGCAACACCAACAUCACCCAGAUGACAGAAGACAAUGGCUUCACCUUCGCUGUGAUGUCCAAGUUCACCUAUGACAGCCGCGGCACCACCAUCCAAUUCCUGAACGAGGAGCUGCCGGGGGCCAUCAUUGGUGCCUUCAACAGGCGCUGGGGACAGCAGGAGGCAGGCACCCACCUCCUCUUCCAGCGCCUGCAUCAGGACAACGUCAGUGACCUGGUGAAGUUGACAGUGGCUGAGCUGAGACAAUAUUUCCUCUGCGGUCUGUACGGCUACAAAGGAUACCAGCUCCACUAUGUGGGGACCGUUGGCUUUGUCUGCGUCUCCCCUUGCAAGAUGGGCUACUGCCAGCAUGGUGGCCAGUGCCAGCACCUGCCCGAGGGUCCCACCUGCAGCUGCCUGCCCUUCGCCAUAUUCUCCCCAGCUGGUGCCCGGUGUGAGCAGCUGGCCAUCAGCUUCACCGGCUUCCUCAGCAUCUUGCUGGUAGUCCUGGCUCUUCUCUGCCUCCUGCUCGCCAUCGUCUGCCUGGCCUCACACCUCGGCAGCCAGCAGUGCCGCCAGCACCAGGGGGCCAGGGACACCUUCUGGAGGCCACGGCCCUUCUCCUGUGAGUACAACCCUGCAUGCAACACCUCCUCACACCAGCUCUGCUUCACCCCCGUCUUCUUUGACCUCUGA